AUGAACCCCCUCCGGCCCCUCCGCGCCGCCCUCGCCACCCCGCUCCGCGUCCAGCGCACGCGCGCCGCCCGCGCCCUCGUCGUCCCCAGGCGCUCCCUGGCCACUGCCACUGCCCCCGCGUCGGCCAGCGUCUCGGACAAGCACGUCGACGUUGAGGUUGACGAGGAUGUCGAGCUCCCCGUUGGCUUCAAGGUCUCGGCACCCAACCGCGGCGGCCAGACUGCCGGCCGCCCCAUCUACCUCGACAUGCAGGCCACUACGCCCAUGGACCCGCGUGUCCUGGACGCCAUGAUGCCCCUGUUCACCGAGCAGUACGGCAACCCCCACUCGCGCACCCACGCAUACGGCUGGGAGGCCGAGGACGCCGUCGAGAAGGCCCGCGAGCAGGUGGCGAGCCUCAUCGGUGCCGGUGCCAAGGACAUUGUGUUCACCUCGGGCGCGACCGAGAGCAACAACCUGAUCAUCAAGGGUGUGGCCAACUUUCACAAGUCGAAGAAGAGGCACAUUAUCACUACUCAGACUGAGCACAAGUGUGUCCUCGACUCGUGCCGUUUCCUCUCUACCCAGGGCUUUGAGGUGACCUACCUCCCUGUCGGCCCCACUGGUCUCGUCUCGCUUGACGAGCUCAAGGCCGCUCUCCGCCCCGACACGUCGCUCGUGUCGAUCAUGGCCGUCAACAACGAGAUUGGUGUCAUCCAGCCCCUGGGCGAGAUUUCUGCCGUGAUCAAGCAGUACGCAAAGGACCAGGGUGUCUCCAAGCCCAUCUUCCACACCGACGCCGCCCAGGCCGUCGGCAAGAUCCACAUUGACGUCGACGCCAUGGGCAUUGACGCCAUGUCCAUCUCGGGCCACAAGAUCUACGGGCCCAAGGGCGUCGGCGCCGCCUACGUCCGCCGUCGCCCCCGCGUGCGUCUCGAGCCCCUCAUCCACGGCGGUGGCCAGGAGCGCGGUCUCCGCUCGGGCACCGUCGCUGCCCCCAUCGUCGCCGGUCUCGGCGAGGCCGCGCGUAUCGCCCAGGAGGAGAUGGACGCCGACCACGCGCACAUCAAGGCCCUCUCGGACCGCCUCAUCAACGGCGUCAACGCGCAGGUCUCGCACGUCGUCCGCAACGGCGACGCAGACCACGGCUACCCGGGCUGCGUCAACCUCUCGUUCGCCUACGUCGAGGGCGAGUCCCUCCUCAUGGCCCUCAAGGACGUCGCCCUCUCGUCGGGCUCGGCGUGCACCUCGGCAUCGCUCGAGCCCUCGUACGUCCUCCGUGCCCUCGGCGCCACCGACGACAUGGCCCACUCGUCCCUCCGUUUCGGUAUCGGCCGCUUCACCACCGAGGCCGAGAUCGACCUCGUCGUCAAGCGUAUCGUGCAGGUCGUCACUCGUCUCCGUGAAAUGUCGCCCCUCUGGGAGAUGGUCCAGGACGGCAUUGAUAUCUCAAAAAUCGAGUGGGCGGCCCAUUAG